UGGUGAUCGUUGACCAAGGAGUACAAUCUUUGCAUGUGCCCAUCAAAAAGACUAGAUUCAUUCUUUUGAUUGGUGGCCCUGUCCCCAGUCUCAUCAUCCGAAGGAAUCCAUCGCUUCAUCUCGCCCUCGCAACUUGCUGCAAAAUCCUUACAUAUAUUCAGCCGCUGAAUAUAGAGUCAGUCAACGAUACAAAAGAGCAAAACCAGAAAUGGCAACCCACACCACCAAUCCUGCUCUGGAUCCGGAUCUAGACAAACCAGACAACCCCAAUCACGAGUUUGCUCAAUUCGGAGCUGGAUGUUUCUGGGGUGUCGAGCUUGCCUUUCAGAGAUUACAUGGUGUGGUCAAAACUGAAGUAGGCUACUCUCAGGGUAACGUCCCUGAUCCGACUUACAAACUUGUAUGCACCAAAACCACCAACCACGUUGAGGUUGUCCGGGUCCAAUUUGACCCUGAAGUUUGCCCAUAUACCAACCUCCUCUCUCUUUUCUGGUCUCGCCAUGAUCCCACCACCCUCAAUCGUCAGGGUGGCGAUGUGGGUACACAGUAUAGAUCAGGGAUAUACUACUACAACGAGGCUCAAGCUAAGUUAGCCCAGGAAUCAAAGGAAGCUAAACAGUUGGGAUUGAAGGAUAACACGGUUGUGACGGAAAUCCUGCCAGCAAAGAGAUUUUAUAGAGCUGAGGAGUACCAUCAGAAGUAUCUGGAAAAAGGUGGGGGUCGAAGCGCUAAACAGUCUGCUGAAAAAGGUUGCAAUGACCCUAUUAGAUGCUAUGGUUAAAACUUAAAAUAUAGCAUCAUUUGAUGAAUAAUAGAGGAAUUAUAUACUAUUGGGGCCAAUUUGAAUGUGGAAAAUUCAUUUUGUUUCAGAAUGGAUUCCACAUUUUAAACUGGUCUUAGCAGUUUGAUUUCACUCUACUAGGUUGUCCUGCCCACUUGCACCUAGUAUCAAUAAGCUCAUAGUGUGAUGUUGUGUAGUGGUUAAUGAAUAUUAUGAAGACAUCCUCGGUAUCAAUGAACUUUCUUGUUUUGUUUCA